AUGGGAAUGGACCAGAUGAGGUACAGGCAUAGCGAAUUAGAUUUCUUUCCCAAGGGGAACUCAUUUACGAGGCGCCCAACCUCAUUUAGCUCUGACGAUCUCCACCAUCAAAACGCCAUAGAACUCGCCUCGUCUCAAUCAGCAAUCCUCGUCUCCGAUCAUUUGCUCAACAAUUUCAACCUUCAAAGCUUCAAUCUGCACCUUAGCCUCGUCUCGAUCUAUCUUCGCCGAAGAAAUCGCUUCGUCUUCUCUUACACGGUUCCAUGCCAUUCUCAAUUGAGUCUCCACCUCAGUUCAUCAUACGUCAGAGUUUCUCGGAUGAUUCUUGAAGCGUUACUCAGGGAAGGAGAGAGGGAGUUAUCACAGUUAGAAAUUGGUUCUGCUAUGAUAUGGUUAUUUGGUUGGUUGCGGGAGCAUAGUGCCAUGGCCUCGAUGAAAGAAAAUGGAAGCGAUGAGAAGGAAUCUGAAGGUCAGCAGUUUGGUAAUGUAGGAAGCAAUAUGAAGAUGUGA